AUGGCUAUGGCUAUGGCUAUGGCUAUGGCUAUGGCUAUGGCUAUGGCUAUGGCUAUGGCUAUGGCUAUGGCUAUGACUAUGGCUAUGGCUAUGGCUAUGGCUAUGGCUAUGGCUAUGGCUAUGGCUAUGGCUAUGGCUAUGGCUAUGGCUAUGGCUAUGGCUAUGGCUAAUGACUAUGGCUAUGGCUAUGGCUAUGGCUAUGGCUAA